ACCACUUCAAGUCGUCGAUAUCCAUGGCUCUUGUGAGAGCAGCCGAUCCACAAACCUCCUUUGUUUCCAGUACUUCUGGAUAUUGUCGUUAUCACGUGUUCCUGAGUUUCAGAGGCCAAGACACUCGCAAGACUUUCACUGACCACCUCUACACGGCCCUUGUCAACGCUGGAUUUCGCACUUUCCGAGACUACGAUGAAGUCGAGAGAGGAGAAGGUAUCAAGCCCGAACUGCAGAAAGCAAUCAAACACUCACGAACUUCUGUCAUUGUGUUCUCCAAAGACUAUGCGUCAUCCAGAUGGUGCCUUGACGAGCUGGUGAUGAUCCUUGAACGCAAGAGAAAGACCUCAGAUGCCCAUGUCGUUUUGCCUGUCUUCUACGAUGUGUAUCCAUCCCAUGUAAAGAAGCAGACAGGAAGUCUUGCAAAGGCAUUUGCUAGACACCAAAAAACUCAACCACUGCCGAAGGUGAAGGCAUGGAGAGAGGCACUUGCAGAGGUUGCAGAUCUGGCAGGGAUGGUCUUGCAAAAUCAAGCUCAUGGGUACGAGUCGAAGUUCAUCAAGAAAAUAGUUAAAGUGAUUGGAGACAAACUAAGUCGCACACCAUUGAGUGUUUCUCCCAACUUGGUUGGAAUGCAUUCUCGAGUCGAAAGAAUUAAUUUCUGGUUACAACGGAGGUCAACUGAUGUUGGCAUACUUGUAAUCUAUGGGAUGAGUGGAAUAGGGAAAACAACCAUCGCAAAGACUGUUUACAAUUCGAACUUUAGAAUAUUUGAAGGAAGCAGCUUCCUUGAAAAUAUCAAAGAAGUUUCACAGCAACCCAAUGGCUUAGUUCAAAUACAAACACUUCUUCUUUCUGACAUUUUGAAUGGGAGAAAAAUGAAAAUAAGCAAUGUUAGUGAGGGAUUAAUUAAGAUUGAAGAUGCAAUAAGCUCUAAAAGGGUUCUUCUUGUUCUCGAUGAUGUGGAUCAUACGGACCAAUUAGAUGCAGUAUUUCAAAUGAAAGAUCAAUUUUAUCCAGGAAGUAAAAUCAUCAUAACAACUAGGCGUGCAAGAUUGCUAAAGGCUCAUCAAGUUACUGAGGUGUAUGCAGUUGAAACUUUGACUCAAGAAGAAUCAUUGGAGCUCUUUAGUUGGCACACUUUUGGCCAAGACCAUCCCAUUGAAGAUUACAUAGAAUAUUCAGAGAAGCUAGUCGAUCAUUGCGGAGGACUUCCAUUAGCUCUCAAAGUUUUAGGUUCUUCUUUGUUGGGGGAAAGUGUAUGUCUAUGGAAAAGUGCAUUGGAGAAGUUAGAAGUUAUUCCAAAUGGUGAAAUAAUAAAUAAACUAAGAGUAAGCUAUGACUCUUUGCAAGAUGACCAUGACCAAAAAUUAUUCCUCCACAUUGCUUGUUUCUUUAUCGGAAUGGACAAAGAUUACAUUGCUAAAAUACUAGAUGGAUGUGAUUUCUAUACAAUUGUUGGAAUUCAAAAUCUCAUCGAUAGAUGUUUGGUGAUUAUUGAUCGAUGGGACAAGGUGCGGAUGCACGACCUGAUUUGUGGAAUGGGAAGAGAAAUUGUUCGCCUAGAAUCAAAGGAGCCCUGGAAGCGUAGUAGAGUAUGGCAUCAUAAGGACUCUUUCAAAAUCUUGAAGGAAAAGAAUGGUACGGAAACAAUUGAAGGUCUUGUCCUGGACAUGCACAUGUACCCUACUAUAAACUCAAAUGAGAAAGUCUUGGAAACCAAUGCAUUUUCACGGAUGCAGGAACUAAAACUACUCCAUCUUAGUCAUGUAAAACUCCGCGGAUGUUACGCAAAAUUUUGUAGUGGACUAAGAUGGUUGUGUUGGCUUGAAUUUCCUUUAGAUUCUAUACCCGUCGAUUUUCCUUUGGGAAGCAUUAUUGUUCUUGAAAUGCAAUACAGCGGUCUGAGACAAGUAUUCAAGGGAACAAAACCUACCAAAUUGUAUCAAAGGAUUAGCGAGGCUCGAUAAACUCUCUUUUUCCAUGUGUACGAGUCUCAAAUCGCUUCUAGGGUUACCAAAAGUAAAC